AUGGCCGGGGCGGAGGACUCUGCUGAGCGGCAGUCAGAGCUGGAGCCCGUGGUGUCGUUGGUGGAUGUGCUGGAGGAAGACGAGGAGCUGGAGAAUGAGGCGUGCGCAGUGCUGGGCGGCAGCGACUCCGAGAAGUGUUCUUACUCGCAGGGCUCGGUAAAGAGACAAGCGCUGUAUGCCUGCAGUACCUGCACCCCAGAGGGAGAAGAACCCGCAGGAAUUUGCCUGGCCUGCAGUUAUGAAUGCCAUGGGAACCAUAAACUGUUUGAACUCUAUACAAAAAGAAAUUUUCGUUGUGAUUGUGGAAACAGCAAGUUUAAAAAUCUGGAAUGCAAAUUAUUUCCUGAUAAAGCAAAGGUGAACUCAUGCAAUAAGUACAAUGACAAUUUUUUUGGAUUAUAUUGCAUCUGCAAGAGACCUUAUCCUGAUCCUGAAGAUGAGGUUCCUGACGAGAUGAUCCAGUGCGUGGUCUGUGAAGACUGGUUCCACGGAAGGCAUCUUGGUGCCACACCCCCUGAGAGUGGGGAUUUCCAGGAGAUGGUGUGCCAGGCAUGCAUGAAGCGGUGCUCCUUCCUGUGGGCCUACGCGGCACAGCUGGCAGUGUCCAAAGGAUCUGCCGAGGAUGAGGCACUGGUGUUGAGUGUCGAUGGGAAAGGUGAUCAGGAAGUUAUUAAAACUGAAAAUGGACCUCAGCAAGAUAGUGUCCCCAAAGAGGACGUCCCGGGAGGUGUGAACGGUGCUGUCCAGAGUGUGAAGGCCGAGCCCAGCAGCGAGCCGGCUGCCUGCUCCAGUUUGGGGUCUGGUCUCCAGACAGCGUUGAAUCAAAGUCUGAACACCGAAGGCCAGUUGAGCUGCAAACUUGAGGCACUCCAGGCAAAGCAGUUCAUGAGGAAGGACAGUGCCACCUACUGGCCCGCCAACUGGCGCAGCAAGCUGUGUACCUGCAGAGGCUGCAUGGAGAUGUAUAGAGAUCUAGAUGUGCUGUUCCUGACGGACGAGUGUGACACCGUUUUGGCUUAUGAAAACAAAGGCAAGAUUGACCAGGCCACUGACAGUCGAGACCCCUUGAUGGACACCCUGAACAGCAUGAACAGGGUCCAGCAGGUGGAAUUGAUAUGUGAAUACAAUGACUUGAAGACCGAACUUAAAGACUAUCUCAAGAGAUUUGCUGAUGAAGGCACGGUGGUUAAGAGAGAAGACAUCCAGCAGUUCUUUGAAGAAUUUCAGUCAAAAAAGAGAAGAAGGGUGGAUGGCAUGCAGUACUAUUGCAGCUAA